AUGGCCACUGAAAAUGAUCAGGCCCUAGGAAGGUCAUGGAAGGCGAAGGUGAGGACGGUGGUCAUAGAGUCGGAGAUUGGGGACGUGAUCAGGCCCGAGGGCGGGGACGUCUGGGAUGGGGCUGACUUCCACCAGACCUGCUCUAAGAAGAAGAGAUUCACUGAUCAAGUUGCGAUAGAGAGAAGGAACAUGAUGAACGCCUUGCAGAUUCAGAGCUUUUCUAGAGGUCAUGUGGUUGCAGUAUCUGAUGGUCAAAAAACGUGGGAGAUAGUAAGGGAAAGGCCUGGUAGUAUCAAUGUAGUUCUCGUUGAAGUUGAGGUCCCGUCGAUCUCGGGAACUAGCCUCCUUUCCAUGAUAAUGGAUCAUGAGGGCUGCAAGCACAUUCCUGUGAUAAUGAUGUCCUUCAAUAACUCUGUCAACAUAGUUUUCAACUGCAUGCUGAAAGGCGCGGCAGACUUCCUCAUGAAGCCUGUCCGUAAAAAUGAGCUGAGGAACUUGUGGCAGCACGUUUGGAGGAGACAAACUGGAUAA